UUUCUGAUUUGCGCUCAAUCUCAUUCUCAGUCCCCUCGACCCUCUACCUCGCUAGCCCCUCUCCCCCAAAUAGGCAUCAAUGAGCGUGCUUCGUGUGGAUGUGCUGGCAAUGCCAGUCGGCGCGCCCAUCUAUCGCAAGGUCUGGGACUGGCCAGACUCGAUUGCGCCGACGUCGCUGCUCCCCAAUGCGAAUCCCCAGUCCCAGUCCCACUCCCAGUCCCAGUCACAGUCGCAGGCAUCACAAGACUCUGAUCGCGCUUGCUCGCUCAUCCUCGCAUUCACGCAGUUUGCGCGCGAGAUCUGCAGCGACGGGCUCACCCAAGUCCACUUUGAAGCACCCUCUUCGGACGGUCUGCUCGCUCACGCAGGCGCUGCUGCCGUCGCUGCAGGUGCUGCUGCAUCCACGUUAGCUUCGUCCAAUAGUGCCAAUGGAGGUCUGGGUGCCGGUGGCGCUGGUCCGGUCUUCACCCCGGCUGCGUCGGGCUACAGCUCGCCAUCGCUCAAGCCAAAGUUCCGUGGAAACCGCUCGCGGGCUGAUUCGGGCUCGGAUUUGCUGCUCACGUCGACCACGGCGGUAUCUGCGUCGGGCAGCAUGGCCAACCUCGCGGCGGGCGGGAUGGACUUGGUUUUGCCGUCCUCGCUGCUGUCUGCAGGCUCGGGCAUUGCGUUCGUUGUCGAGCAAAACCCGCAUCUCCUGGUGGCUGUAUUCCACAAGAAUAUUCCAGCGACUGCAGCGCAGCGGAUAGCACAACGCGACGCGACUGCGACUGCGACUGCGACUGCGCCGGACUGCAACGCGGCUCCGAUGGCGUCCCCAGAGCAUGUCUUUUGCCGAAACAUUCUCAGCGCCUUUGAUACCCAGUUCCAAUCUGUCGUCGACGCCGUGAUUCCCGAGCUCACUGUGCUUGCCAAGGACGAGAGCUUUGGCAUUCACGACGUGCUUGUUCCGACCGUGGCGUCCAAGUUUACGGGCUUUGACGAGACGCUGUCGCGAUUACAAAAGAGCUAUGUCUUGCGUUCCGGCCGAGGAGGCAAGACCAGCUCAAUAUAGGUACUUGUGUGCUUGGGGGUUUAUUGUCGUGUCUUGUAGUGGUGCUUUUGUGUUUGUCAAUCACAUUGUUUUUGAUCGUUGUGUUGAUUCAAAGUGCAGCAAAUUGAAUCAGCUUCUCUAUGUCG